AUGCGACCUUCUCGAUCUCUUCUGCAGCUGCGAAACCUUAGCGCGGCAGUACAACAAACCAGUAUCAAUGUGAAAGGUCGUUAUCAACCAUGGAAAAAGCCGGUGUACGUCGCUCCACAUGUUCAUCCGCUUGAGAUUGGGCCUGAUUUUUCAGUCAUUGAAGGCCGAACUAUUCACGUGACAUCUCGAAAACAGCUAGAAUACAAGCUUGAUCAAAUACGAUUAGCGAAAAAGAUUGUGCAACUUCUUGAGGAGGUUAAAUAUAUGGAAGCUGCGCAUUCGAGGGCAGAGGCCCAACGUUUGUCCGAUUUGCAACAAGCUGAUUUGCUUCGGCCAAAACCGAAAGGGAUGGAUAGUAUAUGUUGA